GCAAUAGGUAGCUUCGACGCGACUCAAGAAACUCUGCUUACACAGCCACGACAACUGUUCGCCGGGUCAGCUGGCGGGUCCGAGCAAGCACAUACAUGUAGCCAGCGACACCCAUCAUCAUGUCUGCAUCAAGCUUUGAGGAGGCAUUCCAUAGAGCUGUCAAGCCUGGUCCCGGUCGUCUGCUACCUGGUGUAUCGCUCGCUGCAGCAUCGGCGAACGAAAAUGUUCCAGACUUCGUCGCUUCAUACGGUACGCUGAAGGUGGUACCGUCACCAGCAGUAUCAAGUAAGACAGUAAUGUGGAUAGCGUCUUGCACGAAAUUGGCAACAACAAUUGCAGCACUACAGUGUGUCGAGCGCGGAUUAUUCUCGCUAGAAUCCACUGCUGACGUUGAACGCCUUCUACCUGAAUGGGCAAAUCCGCAAGUCCUCUCUUUCAAAGAGGAGGACACAGGUUCGCCUAUCCUGACGCCUGCGAAGGAAAGAAUCACUCUAAGACGUCUUCUCAACCACACAAGCGGCCUGACGUACGACUUCAUGCCUCCCUUGCUGCAGUGGAGGAUGUCGCGUGGCGAGGAAUGGCAGUCUAUGCGUAGUCCCAUUGCGGAAUGCUUCACUCAUCCGUUGAUAUUCGAACCUGGCGCAGGAUUUGCGUAUGGACCAGGUCUGGACGUCGCUGGUCUCAUGGUCGCGCGCGCAAACAAGUGUGAUUUCGAGACUUACCUGCGACGCAACAUCUUCGACGUGCUCGGCAUGCACGACACGUCGUUCCAUGUCUCACACAACAACAUUGGAGAUCGACUUAUGCCUGUUACAAGCCGUCCUUCCCCCAACGAACCUCUUGUCAACAGCGAUGGAACCAAUCCUAUACUCAGGCAGCCCGUGGAUGCAAAGGACGACUUCGGUGGUGCAGGACUAUUCGGAACAGCUGAAGACUACAUCAAAUUGCUGAAGUCGAUCCUUCGCGAUGAUGGUAAACUACUCACAUCGCAAACCGUGCAGCGCAUGUUCACACCCUCUCUUGAGGGCAAUGCUGAAAUUUCCUUACACAAUUGCCUAUCCAUCCCUAAUCUGGCGACGCUCAUGAUUCCAGGUGAGCCUGCCGUUGGCAGCCCCGACGCUGGCACCUGGAACCAUGGACUCGGUGGGUUAAUAGGUCUUCAUGAAAGCGAGGACGGUUUCAAGCCGGGCUGGCUGCAGUGGGUUGGUGGACCUAAUCUGAAGUGGUGGAUAGACCGGGGGAGUGGAACCUGUGGGAUUUUUGCGACGCAGUUGUUUCCUCCUGGAGAGGUCAAUUCGGUGCAUCUAAGCAAGAUGUUUCAGAAGGAGAUGGUCGAAAGGCUUGGGAAGAAGGCGGACUGAAUCUGACCAUCUUGAUCGCUUAGGAAAUGACAAGCAAAUCUACACUGGCAUCUGCUUUUGUCGAUCUCACAUGAAAAGCUGAGCUUCGACAUUGAUCUUGAUCAAUCGGCCUCUCCUUUCGUCAUUAGCAGAUCCAUGUCGAAUCGAUAGCUCAUAGAUCGAACAUUCCUUAUCAGUUGGUCCUAUACCUACGCCUUAGACCUUCCCCACAUAGUGCCAAACUCGACGAGGAUCAU